CUCUGGCAUGCAUCUGACUGUAUUCUGUACGCCUAACGGACACAGACCCUCUUACCCCUCUUUCAAUUCCUCUGCUUGGAACCACGGGAAAGCUUCGAGGGCUGUUCUAUUCAGUCUUAGUGGACGUUGAGCUUGAUCUGGGUUAUUCUCCGCUACCGGAUCGUCUCCGCCAAAUCUGCCGAUUGACAUUUAGAUGGAUGGAGCCAGCGAAUGAGGACACUGGCCUCGUGCCUUCGCCGCACCCAAACUCACCCUCCUCCGAACCUUCGGCUACCUCCAGCACGGACAACACCAUUCCGAACACAAAUACAUCUCCCUCCAAUCCACCCAUCAACGGUGAUGACACUCCUUUCCUUCAAGCUCGGGAUGCCUCGAGUAAUGAGCGCCCGAUUUCCGGGAUAGUCCCUCCAUAUUGGACUCAUCACAGAGCUGCUUCCAGAAUCUCCCAAAUAUCUCUCGACGCUGGCCCCGCUAUUACCCUCGAAGACCACACGGAAGAUCCGGAAUGUGAGACUAGUCGUGGACUGUGGGCGAAAAGCGUCUCGGUUGAUGAUUACGUUGUCGUUCAAGGGAAGACGGGGAUUGGGUCAUACGUAGUUUGGAAUUGCAGGGUCCAAACACUCGAUGGUGGCCCUAUAACAGUUCGCUUGAGGUAUUCGGAGUUCGACGACCUGCGACAACGCCUCAUAGUAUCAUUUCCGCAUGCCAGAAAUGCCCUUCCUCCCUUACCUCCUAAGAGCGUAAUCUUCAAGUUUCGCCCCAAAUUUCUUGAAUCGCGUCGCGCUGGCUUGGAAUAUUUUUUGAACUGCGUUCUACUGAACCCUGAAUUUUCUAGCUCUCCGAUUGUCAAGGAUUUCCUUUUUGGACGGACGUGCUAAGGGGAUCGUGCUCUUUGCCCUUACCAUAAACAACCGCCAUUCCGUUACAAUCACGACGUCAACGAAUUGACUACCUAUUCACCCCUGGAUUCAUGUCUUCGGAGAAAGGAGGCAGAUAUCAUUUUACGUAUAUA